AUGGAGCCUCUUGAUUUCCAGUUCCCCUACACGCCGUACCCCAUUCAGAAUGAAUUCAUGGCUGCUCUAUACGAGACCCUCUCAGCAGGCAAAAUCGGCAUCUUUGAAAGUCCCACAGGCACGGGCAAAUCGCUUAGCUUGAUAUGUGGAUCGCUACGAUGGCUAAAAGAUCAAGAGUCUCAAGGUGCUCAACAACCCGUGGCAAAAGAAGUCAAUGAGGAUGUUGAUAGCGAUGAACCAGACUGGCUGCGCCAAUUCCAAGUGACCAAUAGAGUGGAGCAGCGACAGCAAGAACUGAUAAAGGAACGGCGACAAGCAUUACGUGAACGCAUUCGACGUAUUCGACAAGGUGCCAAGGUGAAUCAAUCAUCGUCAUCAGCCCAAGAAUUGGCAAGGAAACGUCAACGUAAGGCAUCCUCAACAUCAAAGAAGGGUGACGACGAUGAUGAUGAGUUUUUACUGGAUGAAUAUGAAAGCGACCAAGAGCAAGCGUCGAUGAAGGAUGACAACAGCAAUCUCUCAAAAGAAGUGCGUGAGCUACUUGCAAAGAUGGAGGAAGGCAAGAAUCAAACGACACAAGAUGAUCCAGUAGAAGAUGAGGACUUUGGACCGAUCAAGAUCUAUUAUGCUUCAAGAACCCAUUCUCAGCUAUCCCAAUUUGUACGUGAAGUCCACAAGACGUCGUACGCCGAUGAUCUCUGGAGCAUCUCGCUAGGAUCACGCAAAAACAUGUGCAUCCACAAGGACAUCCGAAAGUUGAAAAGCGUACAACGGAUCAAUGACGCAUGUUUGGAUUUACAAAAGAAGAACACGGACACAGCACGAUGUCCUCAUUUGCUGCCAAAAACUGACAAGUUCCAUUGGGAUGAAUUUCGAGAUCAUGCACUUGCACACGUUCGGGAUAUUGAGGAUUUAGUCAAGAUGGGUGAACAAAUGGGUACUUGUCCUUAUUAUGGGUCACGCCAUAGUCUUCGUCCAGCCGAGCUCGUCGUCUUGCCCUAUCAACAUCUUUUACAUGCCAGUACGCGCGAAUCACUUGGUAUCUCGCUAAAGGACAGCAUUGUGAUUAUCGACGAAGCCCACAACGUGAUCGAAACGGUGACAGCCAUUCACACUGUGGCGUUGACGCUCAAUCAAAUACGCACAGCCCUUUCGCAGCUGACCAUGUACAUGCAACGCUAUCGAGCCCGUUUGCUUGGGAAGAAUGUUGCCUAUAUCAAGCAGGUCAUGGCAAUUGUCAAAGCACUGAUUCGUGUCUUGCAACCCAAACCAGACCAAAAGAAGGAUCGCGUACUUGGUGUCAAUGAAUUUGUUCAUUUACUCAGUAUUGAUCACAUGAACAUGUUCAAGAUUGAAAAGUAUCUCAAAGAGAGUCGUUUGGCGCAAAAGUUGAAUGGAUUUAUCGACAAGGAGCAACAGCAGCAGCAGCAACAACAACAACAACAACGUGAAAAGGAUACCCCAACAUCAUCGGUUGUACCAACCCUGACGCAAAUCGAAGCAUUUAUUUUGACACUUACCAAUCCGGAUAAGGAUGGGCGUAUUGUGCUUACAUUUGGUGAUGGCAGUCCACAAGUCAAGUACAUGCUCCUGAAUCCAGCUGACGUUUUUGAGCCGAUUGUACGAGAUGCCAAAAGUAUCAUUUUAGCGGGUGGUACUAUGGAGCCGGUGUCAGAUUUUACCAGCUUCCUAUUCAAUGGCGUGCCUGCUGAACGUAUCCGUCAUCUUUCAUGUGGCCAUAUCAUACCAUCGAAUCAAAUGGCAGUCAUGACAAUUGAUCUUGGACCUGCUGGCAAACCAUUUAUUUUCAAUUUCGAAAGUCGUAAGGAUGAAAGGCUGAUGGACGAACUUGGAUUGGCGCUUGUCAACUUGAACAAUGUUAUCCCCGACGGUGUGGUAUGCUUUUUCCCGAGUUUUACAUACCUGGAGCAAGUCUACAGACGCUGGGCUGACAGGGACAUCUUGGAACGGCUUUCAAAAAAGAAAAAGGUGUUCAAGGAGCCUCGAGAAAGUAAUCAAGUAGAAGUUGUGUUGCGCGAAUAUGCAAUGCAAAUAGAUCAGAUUGGCGGCGCCUUGUUACUCUGUGUCGUGAAUGGCAAAAUGUCCGAAGGCAUCAACUUUUCAGAUCGACUUGGCAGAGGUGUGAUCAUGGUUGGCUUGCCAUUUGCCAAUGCUGGUUCAGCAGAGCUUCAAGAGAAAAUCAAGUAUGCCCGUCAGAAAGGCGAGACAUUUUCUUCCUCGGCUGAUGCCGGGAAAGAGUAUUAUGAGAAUAUGUGUAUGCGUGGCGUGAACCAGUCCAUCGGUCGUGCCAUUCGACACAAGAAUGAUUAUGCCACAAUCAUUCUCUUGGAUCAACGCUAUACGACCCCACGCAUUUCAAACAAGCUACCGAAAUGGAUCGGCGAUCGCGUGGAACGAUACGACAAGUUUGGCAAAGCCAUGGGUGGCAUUACACGAUUCUUUCGGCAAUUCCCCAAUCCUUCUCUUCCUCCUCCAUCAUCACACAAAUGA